GUCAGACCGGAGAGUUGCAGCCUGAGUCACCGGCCCCGCCCUUCGGAGCCGGACGCAGCAGGAGGCCGGGGAGCGGCAGCGGAACGGACCCCACGGGACCUCCGGACCUGUGCGGUGCAGUGAGUCGCAGCCAUGUUCCUGGUUAACUCGUUCUUAAAGGGCGGCGGCGGCGGCGGCGGCGGGGGAGGCGGGGGCCUGGGUGGGGGCCUGGGGAAUGUGCUUGGAGGCCUGAUCAGCGGGGCCGGGGGCGGCGGCGGCGGCGGCGGUGGUGGAGGCGGCGGUGGCGGUGGAACGGCCAUGCGCAUCCUAGGCGGAGUUAUCAGCGCCAUCAGCGAGGCGGCCGCGCAGUAUAACCCGGAGCCCCCGCCCCCACGCACACAUUACUCCAACAUUGAGGCCAACGAGAGUGAGGAGGUCCGGCAGUUCCGGAGACUCUUUGCCCAGCUGGCUGGAGAUGACAUGGAGGUCAGUGCCACAGAACUCAUGAACAUUCUCAACAAGGUCGUAACACGACACCCUGAUCUGAAGACUGAUGGUUUUGGCAUUGACACAUGUCGCAGCAUGGUGGCCGUGAUGGAUAGCGACACCACAGGCAAGCUGGGAUUCGAGGAGUUCAAGUACCUGUGGAACAACAUCAAAAGGUGGCAGGCCAUAUACAAACAGUUUGACACUGACCGGUCAGGGACCAUCUGCAGCAGUGAACUCCCAGGGGCCUUUGAGGCUGCAGGGUUCCACCUCAACGAGCAUCUCUACAACAUGAUCAUCAGACGCUACUCAGAUGAAAGUGGGAACAUGGAUUUUGACAACUUCAUCAGCUGCUUGGUCAGGCUGGAUGCCAUGUUCCGCGCUUUCAAAUCUCUUGACAAAGAUGGCACUGGACAAAUCCAGGUGAACAUCCAGGAGGUAAGAACCCCGAUUUUGGGGUGUGGGUGCCUGGGGGGACCCCAUCCCUCAGCCCUUCAUACCAGUCCUGAGCUUCAGUCCUGUCCCUCCUAUUUUGCCAGCAGCCCCUGGGUGAGGACAGACGGGCUGGUGCUCUGGUGUUCCCUCUCCUCAUUCUCUGCCCUCCUCUCCCCAGUGGCUGCAGCUGACUAUGUAUUCCUGAGUGGAACCCCCAGACCCACCCCCUCACCGCCUCGCUGUGGGAGUCACCUGGAGCCUCGGUCUUUCCCAGGGCCGAUCCGGUCCACAGUCACAUCUUCGUGGGGCCCGUUGACCUGUCAAGCUUUUGUUCUCCCAGCAAUUGUUACCCAACUUUUCAACAUCCAGGGCCCAACAUCCCUGCCUGAGUUCCCCCUGGCUCUAGGACAGUCUAACAAGCUCUGCCCAAGGGUCUCCCCACUCCCACCACGCCCCGUGCACACCUGCUCUGUAGCCUCUCCCGUGUCCCUGUGCCAAGCCUAGCACUUGUGAUGCUUCCGUGCCCCAAGGGCCCUCUCCUAGUUCUGGGAGGAUGACUCCAGUCUCUGCACGCCCUGGCACACCCUUCACAGUUGCCACCCAGGCAGCCAAGCUCCAGGCCAUGCCAGGCCCACGUGCCCGAGUGCCUUUGUCUAUAUUCUGCUCCCAGCCUGCCAGGCCCAGGAGGAAAUAAAUGCACCCCAGUUGCUGCUCUCUA